AUGGAAGAGAUAACAAAUAGAGAACAAUUAGAAUUUAUUUUGAAGAAUGAAAUUGAUUAUUUAAAGAGAAGAAAUUCAAUUUUAACUGAUGAUAAUAAUAAAUUAAUAAAUUUAGUAGCUGAUUUUAAAAAAUGUUUAAUUGUAUUUCAAAAUUACCCAAAUAAUAUUAAAUUGAUGGAAAAGAAGAUAAAUGAAAUCAAUGAGGUAGUUGAAAUGGAAAGAAAAUCAAAGGAUAGAUUAUCACAAAACUAUGAAACAAAGUUAAAGGAGAAUGAAGAAAAACAAAAUGAACAAUUAAAAUCACAACAAGAAACCAUUGAAAAGCUACAAUCAAUUCUUGAUCAUUUUCAAACAGAUUUAAAUUAUCAAUCUUUAAAUCAUCAAAAUGAUAUUCAAAAUUAUCAAACUCAAAUGGAAGAGAUACAACAAAAAAACUCUGAAAAAGAAAGAAGAUUUAAAGAAAUAUAUGACCAAAAAAAUAGAGAGAUUGAAAGAUUACAAAUAAUUGUUGAUUCAAAAACUGAUGAAUGCAUACAAUUAGAGAUAAAAGACAAAGAAUUGGAAAACAAAUUAGUUGAUCAAUUAAAAUUACAAAAUCAACUUGAAUCUUCAAAGAAAUUAAUAUCUACUCAAAAACAAACAUAUGAAAAACAAAUUGAAGAUUUGAAAAGAAGAAUACAAGAAUAUGAAGAUACACAAUACUCUACACCAAAGAAACCAUCCUAUUAUCCACCACAAUCCAACCAAAGCAGUAAUAAUAAUAAUAAUAAUAGUGGUUUUAAUUCUUCUUCUUCCUCUUCAAAUCAACAACGUAAAUCCCAUUACAGUUCCAAUUGA